CAGAUCUUUUUUUUCCUGCAUAACACGCAUCCAAGCAUCUUGUAUAAAUCGUCAGUUUAGCACAAUAUAAUCCUCAAUGGACCUGAACAAUACAUCGACGAGUUCUUUAACCGGCAGUCAUGACGACUACCACGAACUUGGCCUAUUGGAACUCUUGCAGAUGGUAGUGUUUUGUCUCCUCGGCCUUCUGACCGUCGUCUUCAAUCUCUUCCUUUUCGCCGUGCUCAAAAGGGGUAAGGAUAUCUUCGAUGACGUCACGGUUCUGCUGUUCCGGAGCCUGGCGACUACGGACAUCUGUACAGGACUCACGGUGUCCGUCCUUGAAGGAAUCGUUUUUUACUUCCGGGAUUUCCCCUACAGUUAUACGGCUUGUAUGUACAUGCCUUUUGCGUGCAGCUGCAUGAUCUUCAGCUCAUUAGUCCAUGUGUGUCUGAUGAACCUACAGCGGUUCACUGCCGUCAGCUACCCGUUCUUGUACCUACGGAUUGCGAGUGUGAAGCGCGUACGCAUCACCCUCGGCGUCACCAAGAUCAUCAUCAUCUGCAUUUCGCUUAUCCUUCUACCUCUCGACAACUUCCCAUUAAAAUCGAUUUUUGAGACCAUGUGUGAAUCAAGAUCAUUCUUUAGCGUGGUCAUCGAUAAAGACGCUUUGUCCACUGCAGCAACGGCCUCGCUAAUCUUCCUGGCGCUCUUGACGGCCAUCCCCGUGGUCGUUCUCACCUACACCAAUGUGCGUCUCCUGAUUUUGGCCAGCAAAAAACGUAGAGGGCGCCCCGAUAAACUUGUUAAUCAGCCACGAAAACUGAAUGCAAGCGUCAACGGAGAAGGUAGCAAAAGCAGAUGCACAUGUCGUCGUCUACCCAAAGGUCUGAGGACAGUGGUCGUUAUAACCUUCCUCUUUUAUUUCUCCAUCGCGCCUUUUGUGAUUGCUCUUUCCGCGCUGCUUUUUCAGCCAAGUUGGUCUGAGACAGGAUAUGACGUCAUCUAUUUCAUAUCCGUGUUCGCAAUCAUAAGCAGUUGCUGGUGGAACGUACCUGUCUACAUCUUGACAAGUGUUUCUUUUCGGAAGAGGGCGCUGUUGAUGCUGCGAAAGGUGUGCCAUCUGCGUCCCAAGGAGGGUCCCACUGGCCAACCAUCCUCCGCAGAUACCUUCAAUGAGUCGACAAAGCAGGCUGUACAAUCGUGAAUUCCGAAUGGUUCAAUCAGUUCAACGAUAAUGCAAAUAGUCUGGUGUGUAAGCCUGUAUUCGAUUAUGUCCUUUUGGAAUGCAUAAAAGAUAAAACCAAUUAAUUUCACUGAAAUGAAAAUAAAUGAAUAGAAGUGCAACAAUUUCAAAUUAUUAUUCAAAAUCCGCCAUGAGCGCUUCAAAGGUCCUCUAUGAGAGAGAGAACACACCUUAUACACUUUCAAAUAAAGGUAAAUCUAGUCAUUUUUGAUAGUUUUGAUGAUAUUUUCCCGAAUAGUAUCAGGUAGUAUCAGGAGAAAACGGUCUAUUGGAGUACUGUUUUUAGUAUUGUUUCCAAGGCUACUAUUAUGUCGCACCAUGUCACCCCUUAUGGAUCAAAGACACACCACAUCUAGCUUUUUAAAAAUGUGGGGAUUAUUUGACAUUUUAAUAAUACCAUGUGGUAUUGGAACGACGUGCUACACAUUUCCCAAAGUGUGGUACAGUGUGACUGUAAUUUUUAAUUGAUUGGUGUAUGAAAAUGGAAUUUUAUUUAUUGAUGCUUCAAAGACGCAAUUAAAAAAAAAUGAUAUAUGGGGAAAGAAAGAGAACCUUCUCUACAAGAAAGAGAACCUUUCUCCUUUGGUAAAAAAAAGAAACCUUCUCUACAAGCAUUCCUCCAAUUUUCCCUUUUAUGCACUUUAUUUUUGUUUCGUAUUACUGUAAUUUAUGCUUUAUUAUAUUCCGUAUUUAUGAUAUGUAAUUGUUUAGCAUAAUUAUGUUAUUACAUCGAAAUUUUGUAACGUGACGGAUUUGUGGAUAUAAAACCUAAAUGAAAUGAAAUGGUACCCUUUUAGGCUUAUUGUUCGAUACUGUGAUAUUAACCUUUUGUCUGCUUAACAUUCUCCAUUCAUUCGGUAUUAGAGGUAAGAAUUGUCACAAAUUGUCCAUAUCAAUGAUUGCAAAUUGAGCAACAUGCCUCUCAAUCGUGAUGUACCACAGGGUUGUGUGGGCGGGCCUACAUUAUUUCGUUUUCGUCGUUCAAUUAUCACUCCUCUAUAUCUUACUUUAUCUUCCUUUUAAAGCAAAUAAGUCUAAUGCAAAAAUGCAAGCCCCAGCCUUAUAAAGUUAUAAUUGUACAUUUAUCAUGGCUGAAAAUGUUACUCACUGAAGUGAGUGUCUCUAAAUCUUGCAUGGAUUUAACUGAGUAAACUCUAAAACGAAUAUAUCUCUAUUUCUCCGUACGAACGAUCAAUAGGUUGUUUUCACAUUUACUACAGGGAUACUCUCUACAACGCAUCGAUUCCUUUGAAAGUGCAAUUAAAAUCACAGUGGAGAGCUGAGAGGCUUUUGUCGAUAGUACGUGGACUGGGACAGCAGAUCAUCCGAAGAUGUGCACCGGACGAACAAUUGGUAAUAUGUCGUUGUCCAGAGUCAAGAGAUUCCGAUGCUGUCCCGGUCCACCAACUUUUGGCAAAAGCCUCUCAUCUCUCUAUUGUGAUUUGACUUGCAUUUUCAAAAGAAUUGGUGCGUUGUAGAGAGUUUCCCCGUAGUAAAUGCGAAAAGUCCGGAUGAGUCCCCGACAUUGGCGGCGGAAGCCAAACAAUUUAGGGGGGGACCACCAAAAAAAUUUUGACAAGCAAAAAAAAAAAGUAAUAUAUCAACCAAAAUGUUUAGGGGGGACCGACAAAAAAAUUUGACAAGCAAAAAAAAAAAAGGUCAUCAACGAAAAAUUUUGGGGGGAUCUCAAAUUUAGGGGGGGACACGUCCCCCCCCCCCCCCGCUUCCGCCGCCUAUGGUCCCCCAUAGAACCCUUUGCACACCACACACGCUGGUCCAUCUUUGUAGCUUGCAAAUGCAAUCAUCCUCACACACCCUGCUAAUGAUAGAUUUCUUUUGAAAAUGCCCUACUCUAAAACAAAGGCAACUCCCGUAGACUGUGUAUUAUAGCUAUGGAACCAACUUCCAUUUCAAUUAGAAUGGCCCAGACUGUACCUGUUUUCGAAACAUCAUUGAAGACGAACACAACUGUGUAAGGAAGCGUUUAAGUAGAUCAUCAUUUUAAGUUUGUAGUAUAAGCAAGAUGAUUACCAAAGCGCAGUAUUGUACAGUGCGUCCCAGAAAAAACGAAACCGAGAUUUAGCGAUGAUUUAUCAUAACUUAAUCACAAAUACAAUAGACAAAUGACCUACCAAUGUAAAGCUUAGAAUCUCCUCUUUCAUCUGAUAUUACUUAGAUUAUUCCUCAUUCACGCAUGAGUGAGCAAAAACAAUUUGAAGAAGGGAUACCAAAAACUCAUUUGGCGGGGGGUAUCUGAAUUUUAAAAAGAAAAUCACAUGCCUAAAAAGUUCAAUAUCUGCUCUUUAAUUUGAUACCUUAAUCACAAAAAAUGGUCAAGAAGUAAAAAAGUUACGUUCCCUCGAAACAAUGCUUGUAUUUCCAUAAUUUCAUUAAAUAAACGUGUUUUCACCGGUUUCCCACAGAAGCUAUCGCAUGGUUAACAAAAGACUUCAUGCAUGGCUGAUCGUCAACAAAACGGAGUGUCGAGUGAGUUUGAACGCUAGCCUGUAAGACCUUUUCAUUUUAUGAAAUUAUUGAAAUUCAAGCCUUAUUUCAAAUAACCAGAACUUUGUUAUUUCUUGACCAUUUUCUGUAAUUGAGGUAUCAAAUUAAAGAGCAGAUAUUGAACUUUUUAGAAAUGUGGUUUUCUUUUUGAAACCCAGAUACAGCCCGCCAAAUGACUUUUUGGUAUCCCCUCUUUAAAUUGUUUUUGCUCACUCAUGCGUGAAUGAGAGAUAAUCUAAGUAAUUUCAGAUGAAAGAGGAGAUUCUAAGCUUUACAAUGGUAGGUCAUUUGUCUAUUGUAUUUGUGAUUAAGUUAUGAUAAAUCAUCGAUAAAUCUCGGUUUCGUUUUUUUGUGGGACGCACUGUAUAUCUAUAUAGUGGCUACACUAUAAAUAUUCAUCAUCUUAUUAGUAUGUUCCUUUUAAUAAUACGUGAGUGCAGUUUUGUCGAUACAUUUAACGUUACCUGUAGCCGCGCCCAUAUAAUCCUAUCAUUUAUUGUGCUUGAGUCCUGUCUUUUUACGUGACUGUAUUCUUAUUUUUCUUUCAUUGCGCCUUGGGCACUCUACAUGGUGGAUUAAUUGGCGUAUUACAAAAUCAUAAUUGUCACUAUUGUUAUCGAAGAAUGUGUUCUGUAAGCCUAAAUAAUUUUUAUAAAUUUUAAUGAUUAUCUAAAGCAAUGGGUACAUUCGUAUACAAUUUCUUUUUUUCCGCUGAUUGUUCUUUAUAAUAUGAUUGGGAUAAUAUUUAUUGUUUUGUUAAUCCAUGACAAGAGGAAGAAAUAAACGUAAAUCAUUAGAAAUUGUAUAUCUAUGUAAUAAAAAGCAUAUUAUUUACACUAAACGGCAUGGCGCUGCAGCGCGCUGAUGUUUCAUAUUUGGAUGAGUUUGUGGAGGGAUGGAUGCAUGCUUUUACAUGGAUUUUAACGGUUAAAGGACAGGUCCCCUCUAAAUUCUCUAUAUAAAUGAUACACUUAGGAAACAGUGUUUAUCUGUGUUUGUGUGUUAGGAGUUUAAGCAGACGUGUAUCAAUAAAAUAUGAUUAUUUACGUCUGGGGCCGACCUUUAACGUCACCAUCCGAAAGACGUGACCAGGGCUCGAACCUCUCACCUGUGCAUCAAUUUGUAACUUCUCAAAUGUAGCUUAAUUGGAUUAAAGGCGCAUGCCAUAACACCCAGUUCCCCCUUAAUAUAAGUCAUAUGUGUUAAUGAUCCCCUAAGAGCACAGCUCCCUUUAAUUGAAAUGAUUUACACACACACGCACUCACAUUCAACCACACAAAUUAACUCAGGCUUCCCCCUCACACACACCCACCACCCCACACACACGUAUGUAUAUAUGAUGGUGUGUGGAGGUGGGUGGAAUGUGUGUUGAAUAUCGUGUGAGUGUGUGUGUAAUUUGUAUGAAAGGUGCCCUGUACUGUAGGAUGAUCCUUAAACAUUGACUUUAUUUUCAAAGGUAAAUGUACUCAAAGAGGCUCAUACACAUAGUGAAAUUGUAUUGUACCCUAGGAGGCAUAUUCACAUGGCGUUGAAAUCCGUAAUUAUAAAAAGCAUGCAUCUCAUUUUU